GUUAUUUUCCUAAUUUCAUUCUCCUGAUUUUCCUCUCCGGAAUAUUUUCGCGUUGAAAGCCUCCUGGUUCCAACAUGCUGGUUAUGUCAUAAUAUUUGUUUCAUACAUUCAAACGUUUCUGAACGCAAAACAUGGCGGAAGUGGACGGGAUUAUCAUCCAGACGCUGCGAAAACUUGGCUGCGAAGUGGGCGACGAUGUUCUGUCCAUCCGCGAUUUCCCCACGGAGCUCCUGGUGCAGUCGGCCGCCGUGUGCCUGCGCGCCAUUAACCCGCAACUGCAGGUGCCCACCCGCCUGUCGGCCUCCAUGGCCACCAAGUACCGCCAGGCCGCCGCGCUGGCCGAUGCCUGCAAAACGGUGGGGUAUCCCGGGGAAAUUGGGUAUGAAGCGUUUCUGUACGGUGGGGAGAAUGAAGUGCGGAAGCUGCUGCUGUUUUUAAUGGAUAAACUCCCCAAGGAGGAGAGCGGCGCGGUGGGCCUGGGCGUCAGUGCGCAGUCUUACGGAACGGUAUUCGCGCGGGAUAUUGAGCUGGCCGUGAAGCGGGAACUGCAGCGUCCCUGGCUGCCGAUGGCCCUGUGGGAUUACGCCGAUCCUUCCUCUUCCUCGCUGCCCCAUUCCACAGCGUCCAGCGCCGUUGUGACGCCGUUCCGUUCCCAGCGCAUCACCGUCCUGUCCACCGGUCCCGGUCAGCCGACAACCAGUGAUAACGAUUUCCCUGUGAUAACCCAACAAAUCCACACCUCCGACCCGUCCGAGUAUCCCGCCGCGUUGAUCACCUCCAUCGUGGAGUUCAACAGCCUCAGAUUGGUCGGAGCUGCCGCAUCGCGCUCCCGUGCUUCAGCCAAAGUGAUGUCCAGCGUGAAGAAGGCGGUGGCCGAACAAAUCCCCGCGGAAGCCCGGGCGGCGCGCCAGAAACCCGCGUUACCGCCGCGGAAACCGAAGUUGGGUAAAAGCGCUCCGGAAAAGGCCGAAGAGGCAACACCGAGUAGCCCGCCGGAAGUGGAGUUGACCGAAGAAGAAAAGGCCGCCGCGCUGAACAAGCAGGUGCAGCUGGCCACCGACAACAUUCGCCAGCUGACCGGCCACAUCGACGCCCUCUCGCAGAGCGUCAACAAGACGGAGUCGGCGAUUCGUGAAGGCCAGGAAUUCCUGCGGACGUUCGAAACGACGACCAGUGUGAAGCGGCAAGUGGCCGCGGAGAGCGCCGAGGGGGAUGUCAUCAGCGAGAAUUCGGUCCAGAAAUCAAUCGACGAGCUGAACAGCGCUCUGGAAAGUAUGCAUGAAGAAUGGGAAGCCAGCCAAGUGCGGAUGGCCAGCGAACUGACGCAGAUCCGCCAACAAUCACUGGCUAACGAAGGCUCGGCGGAGCGGUUGAAAGACGAGAUCCGGCAGAGCAAGCAGACGGCCUCGCAGCUGCACAACGAGCUGGCCGAGCGCGACGACUACGUGGCGGCGCUGCGGAAGGAGUACGAGCGCGUGGCGGAGAAUCCUUCGAGCAGUCGGACAUCCUACACCAAGCGCAUCCUGGAGAUCGUGGCCAACAUUAAGAAGCAGCGCGCCGAGAUCGACAAGAUCAUCCGCGACACGCGCCUCCUGCAGAAGGAGAUCAACCAGCUCUCGGGGCGGUUGGACCGUGCCUUCACCGAGACCGACGAGCUCAUGUUCCGCGAUGCGCGCAACGAUGAGUUUGUUCGGCGCGCGUAUAAACAGGUAGCCGCAUUCCAUGAGUUGUGUUCGUGUUUGAUCGGCGCCGUUGAAACCACCGGGUUGAUUGUGCGGGAAACCAAAGAUUUGGAAGACGAGGUGGACGCGGAGAUGAAGCGCGACAAGGAGACCAAUCUGCAGCGGAUCCGCGAGGAUCUCGCGCAGGUCAAGAAGGAGAACGCCGCCAUGACGGCGGCGCUCAAGCGAUGAACAUGCUUUGCGCGCAUUUCUUCCCCUUUUUGUAUGCUGUUUGAUUGUUAACCAUUUUAGUUGUGAUUUCUAAUAUGUAUUGCUUUACCUUGCGAUUACGUAGUCAAACAUGCAUGUUUGAUGUUGGCCGGUUAAUUCUUGGUAUGACAAAAAACGGUCAAGGAUUCAAUACCCUAAAUGCCGGUAUUCGAACAUGAACAG